AUGAAACGGGGACCAGAUUAUUCACUAUUGACGCUGGUUCACAACAUCAUUAAGCGCAUGGACAAAGAUAGCGCCGAUGUACACCAAGAGCUGACGAAACUUAAGACGAAAAUUCAAGAAGCGCGAGAUCACAUCAGUACCAUGCCCGGUAUUGACACGAGCCCAGCAGCGCAACAGCAGCAGCUUUCGACGCUGAGAGAGCAAGUGCGGACUAAGAACCAGCUCCUGAAAAAGUACAAGAGUCUAUGUAUGUUUGAUGUUCCAAAAGCCUCAUGAGGUACUUUAACCCUCAGUGUUAAUGCAGUAUCAAGAACUGUCGAACAGAACAACGCAUGAGGCAAUGCAACUUAUUCGGAACAAUUCACUUUCAAUGUGUUUUUGGAUCAUGCAAAAAGACCAGGCUACUUAGGGAAUCUUUUGAAUCAGGUAACCUAUGCCCUAAAACUCACUGCUCAUUCAGUCAGUGAUUCCACUAGCUUGAUCUUAGUUUCUUAGUAAUGUUUUGCGUUUCGAUUUAACUUGUGUAAUUGUUAUGAUAGGAGAUGGGAUGAUGUGUUUUUUUGUUUUGUUGUUGUUUUUUUAAUUAAGUUCAUUUUAACCCAGUGUCUCAAUGUCUGAGAGCAGUAGCCUCUAAG